AUGCUGCAAGGGUGCACGUGCGUGUGGGUUCUCGGAGAUUGCUACUUCUUGAUAAUCCAUCUAUUGGACUCCCUAAGCCUACGCGGGUUGCACUCAAAGACCAUCCCUAUCUGCUGGUUUUGGUGGAAGCAAAAUGUCGAGAGGGAAAGCGCAUCUAUCCCCUUAACCGGGGGAAGAUAUGACCUAGUUGCCGCUCUGCUAAAUAGUGAAGAAAUCGCCUCUCGCAACCAGCUCCAGUCAGCGGCUACUGAGGGUACUAGUGUAGCAGCGGCGAGUAGUUCAGCUCCUCCUCCAGCGGCGAGUAGUUUCAGUGAAAUCUAUGUUUGUUAUAUGUGGAUAUUAUUCUGGCAAGUUGAAUAUUUGUACGCGCACAUGUGUGGAUAUCAUUGUGGAAAACUUAAGGUACUAGGUGCUGGGAUUGACCGGCAUUUGGGCUAA